AUGCCUCUCUACGACGUUGAAUAUGUGACUCCUCUUACCCUUGAGCAACAGGAGCAACUCGCCAUUGCAUUUACGAACGAGCACUCGCAGCGGUUCAACACCCCACGCUUCUUCAUUAACGUCCGCUAUACAGAUGUGAGCGAUCAGGUCGUCUUCCGUGGAGGCGUCCGACGAAGCUACAGCCGCGUCAUCAUCCGUACACGAGCCGGUAGUAAUCGCACGAAUGAAGUUUAUUUGGACCACUGCAAGCGCAUUGUAGCCCACUGGGAGAGGAUCGUAGGGCGGGAAGGCGACGAGGGAUUGCGCACCGUGUGGGUGAUGGGAGCCCUGACGACGGCAUUAGAGGCAGGCAUUGGACGCCCAAAAACGGGAGAGGAGGAUCAAUGGAUUCAGGAUAAUAUACCACAUUUUCGGACAUUGGCAGCAGCAGGUGAUGAGGACUUUGUCGAGCUCUUGCACGAACUCGAGGAAAAGCAACAAGGAGCGGUGUAA